CUGUCGCCGCACCUCCCAAAUCCCUAACUUUACAGAUCGAUUAAGGAACCAUGAAUCCUGACGGUGGAGCAGACCCUCAUAGGGGCGUCGUGUCAGAAGUGAUGCACACAGUGACAGAAUACCUCCGACCACUUGUAUCGAAACGGGCCCAAAAGAUAUAUCUAGGGGCCUUUCUAUUCUUCUGUACAGCUAUAGCCAUGAUCGUCACAUCGACGGUCGCGUAUGGGGUCUUCUAUUACAGGUUCAUCCCGCAGGCGGGCCUUGAACGGAUUGUUCACUUGCAGUUUGGCGAAGGACCUCCCUGGGGAAUUGCAAGCCUGGGAUCAGACCUGGUUUCAUCCCUGCCGUACGAUGUCCAGGUGGAACUCGAAUUACCACGAACACCCUCCAAUCUCGCCGCGGGAAAUUUCAUGCUAGAUUUGGCCCUCCUAUCCCGUCCGUUUACGUCUGCUCCGCAGGAUACGAACACUUCGAUUACGACUCUCUCCCAUUCGCGCCGCCCUGCUAUUCUUACCUAUGCUUCGCCGUUGGUGGAUACCGCUAGUAAGAUCUCGUUCAUGCCGUUUUACGUGCUGGGAUGGCACCACGAAGCGGAGAAGCUGCAAGUGCCGAUGAUGGAACGAGUGCAGUUCGCUCGUGGUUCGCGCAACAUACCGGGAAGCUUGCGCUUGGAGCUGCACAGCUCCGAGAUAAUGCAAGUAUACAAGGCGAAGGUCAUGUUCCGGGCGCGGUUUACGGGCUUGCGCUGGGUAAUGUAUAACUGGAGACUCACUUCAUUUGUUGUCUUCGGGUUCCUGUUCUGGAGCAUCAGCAUGGCUUCUGCAGGGCUCGCAUGGCUGGUUUUAGCAUCGCUUCUUAGCAGUCGGGAUGAUACAUCCGGUCCUGUUGUUAAGGAGGAGGAUCGCAGCGCUACACCCCUCAUCAAGAAAGAAGAGGAGGAAAUUGACGAGCCGCUUUCCGAUGUACCGAUUGCGGAGUCCUCCAAGGCGGCGGGGAAAAGGAGGGUAAUAGAGCCUGAGGAUGCCGUGAAGGAAGAGGACGAGGAAGGUGAUGUGGGAAGUGCAGAUGAAAUUGCCCUAAACAAAAUUCUGUUUGAAGGGGACGAAGAAGAUGGCCGAGGCGAAGAGCCUCUGGAGGCUUCUGGCUCAGGCACAGCCAGGGAGAGUGCUCACGCCCGAGGAGUGCAAAGGCGGCGAAGCCAUAUAAUUCAAGAGUAACAGAGAUAGGCAUUGUAGCUAUUCCUUUCGAGAU